CAACCUUAUCAUCUGAAUAAAUGUAGUAUCGGGGAGGAGGUGAUCGAGACAAGAAUGUUGUCAUUGAAUGCACUAGAGUGUUUCUUCGUAGUAUUUCUGGUUUCUUGGAAUACUUCAAGCAAUGCCACAGGGAGUUCUUCAACAGCAGUAGAAGUAAGUUAUGUAAUGCCAGAUACUGAAAACACAACAAAAUCCUAUUCAUUGGAUAUGACCAAACGUCUCUCUAUGACGACCAUUUACUCUGUUGAGACUUCCGAAGAGAAUUACACCACAGUCGUUUCGGAUGCUAAGAAAAUGGCCCAAAGCAGUACACCAGUAUUACUCAACAGUUUACAAAGUAGUGCACCAGUUUCAAAUACCAGUAACAACAGUAGUGCACCAUAUACCGAUACACACACUACUGUACCAACUACCAUCAGUGAAAGAACAGUCUCAGAUAUCAGGACCAGUAGUACUGUACCAGUUACCAGCAGUGAUAGAACAGUCUCAGAUAUCAGGACCAGUAGUAGUGUACCAGUUACCAGCAGUGAUAGAACAGUCUCAGAUAUCAUGACCAGCGGUAGUGUACCAAAUACCAGCAGUGAUAGAACAGUCUCAGAUAUCAUGACCAGCAGUAGUGUACCAGAUACCAGCAGUGAUACAACAGUAUCAGAUAUUAUGACCAGCAGUAGUGUACCUGAUACCAGCAGCGAUGGAACAGUCUCAGAUAUCAUGACCAGCAGUAGUGUACCAGAUACCAGCAGUGAUACAACAGUCUCAGAUAUCAGGACCAGCAGUAGUGUACCAGAUACCAGCAGUGAUACAACAGUCUCAGAUAUCAGGACCAGCAGUAGUGUACCAGAUACCAGCAGUGAUACAACAGUCUCAGAUAUCAGGACCAACAGUAGUGUACCAGAUACCAGCAGUGAUACAACAGUCUCAGAUAUCAGGAUCAGCGAUAGUGUACCAGUUACCAGCAGUGAUACAACAGUCUCAGAUAUCAUGACCAGCGAUAGUGUACCAGUUACCAGCAGUGAUACAACAGUAUCAGAUAUCAUGACCAGCAGUAGUGUACCAGAUACCAGCAGUGAUACAACAGUCUCAGAUAUCAUGACCAGCAGUAGUGUACCAGAUACCAGCAGUGAUACAACAGUCUCAGAUAUCAUGACCAGCAGUAGUGUACCAGAUACCAGCAGUGAUAUAACAGUCUCAGAUAUCAUGGCCAGCAGUAGUGUACCAGAUACCAGCAGUGAUACAACAGUCUCAGAUAUCAGGACCAUCAGUAGUGUACCAGAUACCAGCAGUGAUACAACAGUCUCAGAUAUCAUGACCAGCGAUAGUGUACCAGAUACCAGCAGUGAUACAACAGUUUCAGAUAUCAUGACCAGCAGUAGUGUACCAGAUACCAGCAGUGAUACAACAGUCUCAGAUAUCAUGACCAACGAUAGUGUACCACAAACCGUAACUGACACCAGUACGUUAUCAAAAUCCCCCAUCAACAGUUCACCAUCAUCUUCAAUCCAGUCAUCUCCGAGUACAACUUUAUCUGCGUCAACCACUCCUCCUAUCUAUUUUACUCCAAGCGUAGAGAAUGCUGUAUUCUCAAUCCAUUUCAAUAUUCAACUAAAUACAUGCGAAAAUGAAACAGAGGCCAAUGAAAUAGGAAUGGGAAUAAAGACAGCUUUGAUUGCAAACAUAACAGAACUCGUGUCUAUACAGUUAUUGCUUCACAAAUGCAGUGGGCAGCCAAACUUAAGAAGAAGAAGAUCCACAAACGCAGAACUUUUAUAUAAACAUUUUCAAGUAACUGCGGGAUUUCAUAAGACUACAAAGACUGACAAGAUUGGCAUUGGGAUUAAAAAUCAACUGAUGCAAAUAUCCAAAAUCAACGCGACUGGAAUUAAUUCAGAUGUCCAUGCAAGUUUGAGUUAUCAGUUCAAAAACUGGUGCAACUCUGAUGUAUGCCAAAAUGAGAGACUUAAAUAUAAAGGAUACACCUGCAUGCAGGAGGUGAAUAAAACUGGGGAAUACAUUGGGUGUCACAUACAGUCACUGUGUCUGUCAGAGGAAUCAUACUGUGAAAAUAGCGGGGUGUGUGAAAUUGGAGUGUUGAAAAAUGAAUACCAGGCUCAGUGCAGAUGUACUGAUUCCAUGCUUUUCACAUUUUCGGGAUUACAUUGCGAAAAGAAGGCCCUGAAGUUGGACAUAGCCCUCUAUACAGCAGGCGGAAUUGGUGUUCUUAUUAUAAUUAUAUUUCUGAUCAUCAUUGGGGUUGUGUAUCAACGAAUGAAAAAGGCAGUUUUGAAGAAAUCCAUUCUCGAAGAUUCUAAGAUGUUAGACACUUCUGGGGAACGAUAUGAGGAAUUAACAAGCAGUCAGAGCUUUGACAACCAUUCCUACGUUAGAGAUUAUGAACGUAACUGGGAUAUGGAGAGGAGUGCAGAUACCUAUGAUUACAUUGACAGUAGACUUAGUGAAGUCAACUACAACAUGCAGAUAAAGCGUCCAAAACUGAUCAAUGAUAGGUACCAAUAAGUAGUUAAGGUAAACUCUGUCAAAUUGAGCAUGGUAUUGAUGGCUGCAGCGAGUGAUCCAGACCCAUUACAUUUAGUUCAUGACAUUUCUGUUUUAUUGAUAGCUUUCUGAUAAGAAUGAAAUGUACAUAUAUCGUGAUAUAACAAUAUUUUGCUGAUGGUAAUAUAUAUUCGUGUUUGAAGCA